UUGCUACCAUCUCCUCGCCUCCUUCGCUCCUCAGCGCAAUCUUCAAGAAAUCUCCGGAAAGUGGGACCCGCUCUGUUGACAAUUUUGACUGUUUCUUCUUUGACCUUUCGCCCCAACCAGCCUCCAUUUUCUCCUCUUGAUAAUCAUCCUGCUUCAGGCCAAAAAUGGUACAAAAGUUUCACAUGUUUCUCGGUUAGGCAAAGAAGGCUUCCCACAGCUUUCGGAGUACUAUCCCUUCGAUUAUCAUGGAUAACUGCAGGGGCUUAUUCUUCAUAUUCUCCGGUGUCUUGAUGCUCUUUUCUCACCGGAUCCAUGUUUCUUUUGCAGCCGAUACGAUCUCUGCCAGUCAGAGGCUGUCUGGUGAUCAGACAAUUGUUUCCAGCGGCGGUAUCUUUGAACUGGGUUUCUUCAGACCAGGUACAUCUUCUAAGUUCUACAUAGGCAUGUGGUACAAGCAAGUUUCUGAACAGACCAUAGUUUGGGUGGCAAAUCGAGAAAACCCUGUUUCUGAUAAGCGUUCAUCGAUUCUAAAGAUCUCCGACGGUAACUUAGUUCUGGUGGAUGAAUCUCAAGCGACAAUCUGGGCUACCGAUCUCAAUUCUACUGGAUCAGGCUCAGGCGCUGCAGUGCAAGCAGUUCUGCUUGACGAUGGUAAUUUUGUUCUUAGAGAUGGACCUAAUCCAUCGGCCUCCGUGUUGUGGCAAAGUUUCGACCAUCCAUCACAUACAUGGCUUCCUGGUGUGAAAAUUCGACUGGAUAAACGCUCAAGGAAGAGCCAACGCCUCACUUCCUGGAAAAACCUGGAAGACCCUUCGCCGGGCCUCUUCUCUCUCGAGCUUGAUCCAGAUGGGAGCAACUCUUACAUUAUACUGUGGAACAGAUCAAAGUCAUUCUGGUCGAGUGGGUCAUGGAAUGAUCAAAGUAAAAUCUUCAGUGGAGUUCCUGAGAUGAGACUCAAUUAUAUCUAUAACUUCAGCUUCGAAUCAAAUGCCAAUGAGUCCUACUUCACCUAUUCUCUUUACGAUGCAUCCAUCAUAUCACGUUUCGUCAUGGAUAUCUCAGGCCAGAUAAAGCAGUUCACUUGGCUUAACAAUAACAAGCAGUGGAACUUGUUCUGGUCUCAACCCAGGCAACAAUGCGAGGUUCAUGCUUACUGUGGGUCAUUUGGUAUUUGUGGUGAGAAAUCGCAACCAUUCUGCCAAUGCGUGCAUGGUUUCAGACCAGCAUCCCAAGGGGACUGGGACCUGAAGGACUAUUCUGGUGGCUGUAUCAGGAAUACUGAGCUCCAAUGUCUCAAUGCCACUCGUAAUUCCAGAAAGAAUGAUUUUCUACCACUUCAAAACAUGAAAUUAGCUGCAGAUCCUGAAAAGAUGGCCACAUCAAGCCUCAGCUUGUGUGCCUCAACUUGCAUAACAAACUGUUCUUGCAAGGCCUAUGCUUUUGAUCACAACAACUGCUCAAUAUGGAUAGGGGAUGUCUUGAACCUGCAACAACUAGAUGAAGACAACAGCAAGAGCCAGACAUUUUAUCUAAGACUUGCUACUUCAGACAUUCCUGUCGGGUCUUCCAACAAGAGCAAGAAUGACAAAGCUACUAUCAUUGGCGCGAUUCUUGGAUCGUUGGGGAUAACAGCUCUCCUGAGCUUUGUGCUGACUGUAGUUCUAGUCCGCAGGAGGAGAAGAAUGGAAGCACGGAAAGCCACAGAAGGUACACUGGUGGCGUUUUGUUACAGAGACUUACAAACCGCAACCAAGAAUUUCUCUGACAAACUGGGCGGCGGAGGUUUUGGUUCAGUGUUCAAAGGGACGCUGCCAGAUUCAAGUGCCAUUGCUGUGAAGAAGCUCGAAAGCAUCAGCCAGGGGGAGAAGCAAUUCAGGACUGAAGUAAGCACUAUUGGGACAAUCCAACAUGUCAAUCUGGUGAGGCUUCGUGGGUUCUGCUCUGAGGGCAAUACGAAGUUGUUGGUCUAUGACCACAUGCUUAACGGUUCUUUGGAUUUUCAUCUGUUCAAUCAAAUGGAACUGAAGACGCUAGACUGGAAAACAAGAUAUCAGAUCGCACUAGGAACGGCUAGAGGGCUGGCUUACCUCCAUGACGAAUGCAGAGACUGCAUUAUUCAUUGUGACAUAAAGCCAGAGAAUAUCUUGUUGGACGCUCAGUUUUGCCCAAAAGUGGCGGAUUUUGGCCUAGCGAAGCUUGUAGGUCGAGACUUCAGUAGGGUGCUCACGACCAUGAGGGGCACAAGAGGCUACCUCGCACCAGAAUGGAUCUCAGGCGUCGCCAUAACAGCAAAAGCUGAUGUUUACAGCUACGGGAUGAUGCUUUUUGAGUUUGUGUCAGGAAGAAGAAACACUGAGCAGUCUGGAGAUGGAAAAGUCAAUUUCUUCCCAUCAUGGGCUGCAACUGUGUUGACUGGUGGCGGUGAUGUCCUCUCCUUACUAGACCCACGGUUGGAUGGGAAUGCGGAUGCGGAGGAGCUUUCAAGGAUAUGUAAAGUAGCGUGUUGGUGCAUACAAGAUGAUGAGAAUCACAGGCCAACAAUGAGUCAAGUAGUUCAAAUCAUCGAGGGGGUUUUGGACGUAAAUCCACCACCGUUCCCGAGAUCAAUCCAAGUGUUCAUGGAGAAUGAAGAAACUGUAAUCUUCUUCACUGAGUCAUCGUCGAGCCAGAGUUCACAGCAGCAGAGCCUGUCUUCUUCGACCAAUACCAACAACUCAGCAGCAAAUUAGUUCAUAGAAGGAAUUUGUUUGAGUUGGAUUGGAGUAGCUUAUAUGCGUGUUCCAACGCGUAGAAGUAAUCACAGUUUUUAGAAUGAAAAAGAGUGGGGAAUACUGCUGUCGAUAUUAAGUUAAUAUUAUUAACUAGUAUGAAUAAUUCUCAGAUGUGAGAAAUAUCAA